GAUGGGUACGGUAUUUGAUUACUUUGCCAUUCCCAAAAUACCCUCUUUGUUCUCUCUGUUUGCACUUGUAAUCCUUAAUGCAGGCACCGGUAUCACUCUCGUAUUCGGCUAUAAGAACUAAUAUCCUGGGCACUUGCAUCCACUCGAGCCAUCGGCCGCGUAUGCUGAUACGACACUAGAUGGUUUCACAACACAUCCCUGCACCUCAACCGCCAACCACGCUGAUCAGCUGAUAUACCGGUACUCGAGUAUACUGGUGUACAUUCACCCCCCUUUCUCACUCAGCAUCCUUCACCCAACACGCCACAACCAAACAAGAUGUCGCGGAAGAAGGUGAUAAUAAUCGGUGCGGGGAUAGCCGGUCCAACCCUCGCUCUAGCUAUUCUCAAGAAUCCCUUGCUAAAGGAAAUCUAUGAGCCCAUUCUGCUUGAUCGACAAACUCAGGACACGUACGCUCAAGGCGCAGGAGUAGUUCUCUCUUCCAACGCAUUACACCCGCUAAUAAAGCUAGGAUUGGAAGACGAGCUGUGGAAGAACUCGCAAGAGAUAGCGGAGAUGUCGAUUUACCGGGAGAAGCGGUAUUUAAACUCGAUGGUCACGCCAAACUGGAGCCCUGAUAUAGGGGGGGGGACGGGGCUGCGGGCUAUUGAAAGGGGGGCAUUGAUGAAGUUGCUCGUUGACCAGGUGUGUUCGAACGGCGGGGAUAUACGAUGGGGGGCAAAGGUCGCGGAUCUUGUGGCCAGGGGGGAUGGGGUGGAAGUGGUGAUAGAGGGUGACGCGAAUGUUUUCGGAGAUCUGGCUGUUGGGGCGGACGGGAUCUGGUCUGUUGUUCGGAAGUCUAUUAUCGGUGAAAGUUGGAAACCGACAUUUAUGAACUCGAGUGGGAUUUAUGGGAUUUAUACGCCGGAGGAGGAAACACAGUCAUCACAGGGGCAUAUAGUUCUGUUAGAUGUUGCUGGUCUUUCGACAUGGCCACUCCCGGGUGGUAAAUACUUCUGGACCAUCACUGUGCCAGAAACUGCUCCGCCAACCGGAAAAUCGACGAUAGAGCAAGCUGCCGAAUAUCCGAACGCGACGAUAGCCACCGGAGGCUAUCCCUUGUCAAGUACCCUUGAUAUCCUUUCUCGCCUAUCCGCCACCCCCCACCCAACCCUCCCGGGAGGGGUCUGUGCGGAACUCUGCCAACGUAGCUCCCGAAUUGUUCGUACACCCCUGUACCAGCUCGUCUUUGAACAGUCACAAAUCGUGAAUGCCACGUCCAACGUUGUUCUUGCCGGAGAUGCCGCUAGAGUUAUGCUUCCUACAAGCGGACAGGGAGCCUGCAUGGGUAUCGAGGACGCAACUGUUCUUGCUAACUCGCUGCUCAAUAAUAGCAGCAUCGGGAGUGCCCUAGCAGAGUAUGCUAAUUUACGCGUUCCACGGUCAAAAAGUAUCGCUAGUCAGGCUUAUUGGAGCGGGAUUGUAUAUAUGGCGGAUCGUUGGAUAGUCAGGAUUGCAAGAGACUGGUUAGUGAGUCUUUUACCGAAGGGCAGGGAUGCUAAAGAGUAAGUCAUGCUUUUUCCUUCCUCUAUAUUCAUCUCCGGUAUCGGCUUUGAGAGAGAGCUAAUUGUGUUUCGUAGGAUGUGGGAGAAGGAAGGGAAAGUCCCAAGGGACCCUAUGGCGUGGUUGUAUAGUUUGAGGUUGGAGGUCAAAGUAGAGGAUAAGGAGGGAGGUGCAGGGCAGCGCGCGACUAGCAUGGCCGAAAAGUCCUCUUAGCUGUACUAGCAGAAAUAGAUGGAUUCAGCCUAAAUACCCAGUGUACAAGUACAGUAACUUUGACGGGGAAUUUGGAGCCCCCGUAUAAAUGGUUCCCCGAACCGAGCUCGUUUCGGA